UCCAAAUCGCGUAACCUCAAAUCACAUGUGAAAUUGCGUGAUCGGCGCUAAUUUCGUCGCGAUUAAUUUAUUUCUACCUCUAACUGCAGUGAAAUCUUCAGUUUCUUUUAAAUUUAUAUUGUGUAAGUUAAAGUGAUAAAUCAUCCUCCAAGGGAAUGCGUAAUGGCAUUUUACCGAGCUGUGAGAAGUGUGAUUCAAAAGUCAAUUCGGGGUGGUGAUUCAGGACUCACCGCCCAUCCUAAAAGAAUAAUUUUUGAUCGUUUUUGCGGCUAUUCUACAGCUUUCAAAGAUCCAAAACCCAAAACGAGCUGGAAGUCAGUCAUCGGGUACAGUGCUGCCUUCGGAACUCUAAUUGGAGGAUAUUAUGCCUAUUACAAGGCUCCGGAUCCGGCACCAGUCCCCAAUAAAGCAGAGUCGACCUAUGAAAUCUUACCAACCUUACCAGAUGUGCCAGCAUCAAAGAAGAUUGAAGUUCCAGGACAUGAGACUGGUCCUAAAGUAAUCCUUUUCCAAUAUCCUACAUGCCCAUUUUGCUGUAAGGUUCGUGCUUUUCUAGAUUUCUACGGAGUCUCGUAUGAUAUAGUCGAAGUGAAUCCAGUCUUACGGCAGCAGAUAAAGUGGUCAAAGUACAAAAAAGUGCCGAUAAUCCUUGUACAAGUUGAUGGCGGUUACCAGCAACUGAAUGACAGCUCAAUGAUUAUCUCUGCUCUCAGAACCCUAAUGUUGGACAAGAAUGCCAACCUCUCAGAUAUAGUGAAUUUUUAUCCAUCGAUAAAAUUCAAAGAUUUAGAUGGUAAAGUAAAGAGCGAUGUAAUGAACAAGUAUUUUGUCAUGAACCAUAAAAACAAAAAAGAUUCUGAUAACGAUAUAGAUGCGGAAGAAAGAAAGUGGAGGCAGUGGGCUGAUGAAGUUUUGGUGCAUACUCUAUCACCAAAUGUUUAUCGGUCAAAGGACGAGGCUCUGCAAGCCUUUAACUGGUUCUCAGAAGCUGGAGAAUGGGAAAAGAAUUUCUCUACCUGGGAGCGGUAUCUUAUCAUUUAUGUCGGAGCUUUUGUAAUGUAUUUCAUUGGAAAAAGUCUCAAGAAAAAACAUGCUUUGAAAGAUGAUGUUCGAGAGUCACUUUAUGAUGAGUGCAAAUACUAUGUUAACAACAUAAGAAAACAAGGAACGAAGUUCAUUGGCGGUAAUGUUCCUAAUCUGGGCGACUUGGCAGUGUAUGGAGUCCUCAGCAGCAUUGAAGGGUGUGACGCUUUUAAAGACUUGAUGAAUAACUCAUCAUCGGUGGAGCAAUGGUAUCAAGACAUGAAAAUAGCCGUCAACAAUCAUCUGGGAAUGAAUCAAGCCACCGCAAGUCUGACCAGAUCGUAAAAGGCGCCGUUGAAGUUUCAUAGUGAACUGAAGAUUCCGUCUCCGAGGGCAUGUUGAAGCUGUCUGAACCUGACCACUCUAAACUGCAGUAAUCUUUAGGUGAUGCAAUGCAAACGCCGUAGUUUAAGUUCGUUAAAAGCUGUGCUGCAAAAAGGAGAAAAUCAACAGUAUGAGUGUCCCGCAUUUCUAGAAGUAAGUUGGCUUGUCUUAAGCUGGUUCUUCCCACUACAGUCUCCAAAAAACACAGCACAGGCUUAUCAUCAAUAACUGCUUAAGGGCCAAAAAAUCAAAACUUGAGUGCUUCGUUCGAGGUAUCAAAAACUACAUGCUGCAUGAAGGGCUAAGUGCCACCAACACUCGAGUAGUACAUAUAACGUUCGAAAGAAAUGUUAGUGGUAUGUGCUGUGGCAGCUGGCAAAAAUAAGUGUUAUUUCAAAGUCAACUUUUUGGCUUUUAGCUAAUUAUUGAUGUUAAGUCCACAAGUCACAAAACAUCUUUUUUUUUUUUUUUUUGCAGAACCUCCAAACCGUAUUUCUGCAUUUCCACUGUCUAAUCAAACGUCUUUCUCGUAACCUUAUUUGAGAAGGAAAAAUAAUUAUUUUCAAUGCUUCAAAGCCGCCAUCUUUAGCUGAUUCAGCCAUCAUACCGAUAUUAAUAACUUGAGUAUCCUCGUCAGUCAGAAAACAUUUUGUAUUCUGCUAUCUGUGUUGACCUUCCUAUCAACAAAUAAUGUAUCUUAUGUGGAAACCUAUGAAUUACCACCAAUUUUUUUUCGAACAUCGCCUGAAAAAGGCUUGGAGAGUAUUUAUGAAUAUUUCCUUAUUUGUGCCCAGUUGUAUUACUAGUAAUGAAUUAAUGAUUUGAUAAUGAAUCCAGGAAAAAUCUUACUUUUCUGGCCUUUGCUCCCGUAGUUAAAGCUGCUCACUGAUCCAGAUGUAGUAUCAAAGUAUUGUAGGCACCCAUUCGGAGCUGAAAAAGUUGCAAGAUUUACAAAAUUAUCCAAUUUUAGCAUGUAUUUCUUGUUUAAUCUUUUCAGUUUGAAGUCACAAGAUUAAUUUAGAUAUCACAGCGAUUUUGAUCCUAAUAUGUACCAGCGUGAAAAGAACCUCACAUAGAAUAAUUUGCUUCCUCCAUUUUAUUUUAACUGUAUUGUAAGUGAUUAAUGUUUUCUCAGAUACAGACACAGCUAAUUAAAUAAAAAUUUGUCCUUUGCUCAAAGUAAACAUCGUAUCAGAUAUUUUUCCCAAGUCAUGGGCUAAACCAAGUCUUGAAACUUCCAAUCCCAACAAAUGAAAUCACACUCGUAAAAAGUUUGCACAUCUAUUUUUUCAAAGUAAACUUUCGUUUUGAUAAAACUCACCCUGAUAUUUUGAGUUGCACGGAAUCUGUUUAACCUUCAAGUUCCAAAGUCGAUUGAAGGAAACGGCUGAGCUUGUAUCCACCGAUACGUGAGAUACUGUUUUUUCAGGAUCAAAAUUAACAUAAACUGUAAACAUAUUUGAAAUUUGUGUUACUUUUUGGACAUAGCAACUACGAUUUACGUAUGAAAGUCAAUGAUUAUUUUAUUUUUAUGACUGUCUGAAUGGGUUUUCAGACAAGGUAUGAAUGUGUAAUGCAAGCAUUAUGCAACAUGUUACCUCUUCAAAAUUUUACAAGGAAAA